AUUCAUGUAAGAUGUUUCAUCAAGAUGUAAAAUAUGACUACAGUGAAUAUUUAGGGGGAUUUUUUUUAUUUUUAUGAAAUUAUGAUUAUAAAAUAUUCAUGAUAAGUAUAUAUUGUACUAUACUAUAAAUGUAUCAUGUUGACAAGCAAAUAAAAAGGUGAAACUUGGCCCUGGUCACUUGCAGAUGAAAGGUUCAUCUUGUGUGACCUUUGAUGACGCCAAGUGCCUCCUUCACUUUGCAUCUUGUUUGAGUGUCUGCAGUGAUUUUCCUAAUGUAUUGAGAACAUAUGCAGGGUUUUUCUGGAGAAAGCUCUCUAAUUUCCAUGUGACUGACGGAAAUGAUUUUACUCUUUUGCUGUUGCAGCCUCUGCUCCUACAGCACUAUGUGCUUUAGCUCUGUACAUUAUAAUAACUAUGGAUUUGUUACUCCGAACUUCUGUGUUUUUUUGGAUUUCAGCUGGAUUUCUACCUUUACCUGAAAUGUCUGAGGCUUGUCCCGGCAAUGAUUUCCCUGCCUUGUGUGAUCUUGUUUUCAGGAAUGUCUGUUUUGAGUUUGUUGAGGAAUCAAAAAGCUGGUUCCAAGCCAGGAGCAGCUGUGAAAAGCGAGGAGGGGACCUCCUGGAGGUGAUGAACAGCCCGACCAAAGGUUUCCUGAACAACAUCACCAGAGAGAGAAACAACUUCACAUGGUGGCUGGGGGAGGGGGUCCAGGGGGAAUCUGCCAUGAAAAACGGUGACGUUUCAGAAUCCAACUGCACAUACAUGAAGCUGACUCCCCUUGAGCUCUUUGUUACAUCGGACUGCAACCAGAGACGAGGCUUCCUCUGCAUCUACUAUUUGCAGUCUUCAACAAAUACAAAGAAUACAAUAGGGCCAAGUCAUGCAAGCAGAUCUCGACUCAAAAGGAGUGUAGAUGCCAUGCGUUUAUCCACCGCUAACAUUACCCUACUCCUCGAGGAAGCAGAUAAAGAACUACUGCGAAUGGAAAUGACACCAGGGGAGCCAACAAAUGACAACAGGGACAAAUUCAUUGAGUAUUUGUUCAAAGGUACUAAACAACUGACUAAACCAUUUGCUAAGAAAGACGAUCACAUUGUGAGUCACAUCAUCCACUGUAGCACUGCUAUCCUCCUGCUCUCAAUGAAAAAAUGUGACAUCAAGACUAACCCGAACCAUAAAUCUUUGUUUGAGGAGGUCUUUAAGAUCUUUCGCACAAUCGCUAUGCUGCUGGGUUCAGGUACAGAAGAUUUAAUCAUCAAACACCAAACAGGCAACAUCUACCAGAGCAGUCGCAAACCUGCUGACCUUGACAAUGCAGUGCUGGGUUCAGAGAAAGAUGGUGAGUUCAUCAAACUCCCUUCAUUUUCAGCACUUCAGGGUCAGCUUGGAGAUGCAAGCACAAUCAUCGCUCAGAUGACUACAUUCUCAAGGAAUCCCCAUCCCUCUAGUAACAUCUCAGGAACUGUUUGCAGCCUUUUACUAAACAAUGGACUCUCAGACAUCAAGCUGACCAACCUGACAGAGAUGAUAGAGAUCUUUCUGCCUCGUCCAAACGCUUCAGCGCUGAUUAAUCAUACUGUUGCAUUGGAGAAAGACACAAAAGCAGUGAACAUGAUCAACAUCUCAGACCCCGAUAUGACCAUCAUCUUCAGUGCGGUUCCCAAUGUCAAUGUGUCACUGAUUCUUACCUUGUCUCAUGGGUCACCUCCUUCCCCUACAUUCUCUAACGCCACAGCCAUCUUGAGCCCAACAGGAGACUAUCGCUGGAUGAUAACCCCAGAGAUGUUAGCGCAGACUCCUGGUAUCUGGUAUGUUGACACCAGACUCUAUAAUUCCACAUGGGAGCCAGGCCUGACUCUGAGUAUCAAUUCUUUUGUGAGCAAGUGCCUUUACUGGGACAUAGAGAGGGAGCUAUGGAGCAUAGAUGGCUGCCAGGUGGGAGAGAAAAGCACUCCGGAGCGUACACAGUGUCUGUGUGACCACCUCACUCUGUUUGGGAGCUCCUUCUUUGUGAUGCCGAACUACGUGGACAUAUCGCGUACAGGAGAGCUGUUUUCCACUGUGUCUCAGAACUAUGUGGUACUGGCACUGCUGUGCGCUUUCUUCGGCCUCUACCUGAUCACUCUGAUAUGGGCCUGCUAUGCUGACCGCAGGUCACGCUCUAAGGUCAGUCAUAAAACUGGUCUUUUUGUCUGUGUUUUUCAUAUUAAGUGCGUCGUGUCAAGUCAGAAUGCAGUGUAACUAUGUAGGAACAAUUCAGCUACCAGAAACUCAUCAGGUCACAUAAGAAAAACUUAUACUCUGUUCUUGAUUAUGAACUAUUUAUAAGCAUAAUAAUCUCCUACCAUCAAGCCAUAAUGUCCUAUAAUGUCUUUUUUUGAAUGGUAAAUAUUUUGUUUGGAAACUAA